AUGAUUGACGCUGUGGUUCAACGCCAAAACUACGUUCCUGAGAGGCAGCGGGCUUACCAGGCUUCACACUCGCCUAUUUACUACCGUCCACCCCGUUCAAGACUUUAUCUUGGUACCUACUUCACUCUCUUUGGUGUGGGCAUGUGUGGAACUGUGUACGGUAUAUACCAGCUUACCAUGGGCAAGCCUGUCAGGCAGUAA